AUGGGCUCCAUUGGGAGUCAGCGCCUCAAGGAGCCCAGCGUGGUGGAGACACCAGACAGGACAGUGGCAAUGAGCUUCAGCUUCGACAGUCACCAGUUGGAGGCAGCAGCCGCAGAGGCAACUCUGGGCCUGGAUGUUAGAGCCAGGGGUGUCCCAGCUUUCAUGGACUCUGUGGAGGAGGAGCCAGUGCCCGACGACCGCUACCAUGCCAUCUACUUUGCGAUGCUGCUGGCCGGGGUGGGCUUCCUGCUGCCAUACAACAGCUUUAUCACUGACGUGGACCACCUGCAUCACAAGUACCCAGGGACCUCUAUUGUGUUUGACAUGAGCCUCACCUACAUCUUGGUGGCACUGGUGGCUGUGCUUCUCAACAAUGUCCUAGUGGAGAGAUUGGACCUGCACACCAGGAUCACGGCAGGCUACCUCUUAGCCUUGGGCCCCCUCCUCUUUAUCAGCAUCUGUGAUGUGUGGCUGCAGCUGUUCUCUCGUGACCAGGCUUAUGCUAUCAACCUGGCUGCUGUGGGCACCGUGGCCUUCGGCUGCACAGUGCAGCAAUCCAGCUUCUAUGGAUAUACGGGGAUGCUGCCCAAGAGGUACACACAGGGGGUGAUGACCGGGGAGAGCACCGCAGGGGUGAUGAUCUCUCUGAGCCGCAUCCUUACCAAGCUGCUGCUGCCCGACGAGCGCGCCAGCACGCUCAUCUUCUUCCUGGUGUCUGUGGGGCUGGAGCUGCUGUGCUUCCUGCUGCACCUGCUGGUGCGCCGCAGCCGCUUUGUGCUCUACUACGCCGCGCGGCCCCGCGACAGCCGGCGGGGCUGCCGGGCGGGCCCGGGCCGAAGCUCUGGCUACCGCGUGCACCACGACGUGGCUGCUGAGGACAUCCACUUCGAGCACCAAGCCCCAGCCCUGGCCACUAGCGGAUCCCCAAAGGACAGCCCAGUGCAUGAGGUGACUGGCAGCGGGGGUGCCUACAUGCGCUUUGACGUGCCCCAGCCCAGAGUCCAGCAGAGCUGGCCAACCUUCAGGGCCCUGCUGCUGCACCGCUAUGUGGUGGCACGGGUCAUCUGGGCCGAUAUGCUGUCCAUCGCCGUGACCUACUUCAUCACGCUGUGCCUGUUCCCUGGCCUGGAGUCCGAGAUCCGCCACUGCAUGCUGGGCGAGUGGCUGCCCAUCCUCAUCAUGGCAGUGUUCAACCUCUCAGACUUCGUGGGCAAGAUCCUGGCGGCCCUGCCGGUGGCCUGGAGGGACACUCACCUGCUGGCCUGCUCCUGUCUGCGUGUGGUCUUCAUCCCCCUCUUCAUCCUGUGCGUCUACCCCAGUGGCAUGCCUGCCCUGCGCCACCCCGCCUGGCCCUGCGUCUUCUCCCUGCUCAUGGGUGUCAGCAAUGGUUACUUUGGCAGUGUUCCCAUGAUCCUGGCAGCCAGCAAGGUGGGCCCCAAGCAGCGGGAGUUGGCAGGAAACACCAUGACUGUGUCCUACAUGUCAGGGCUGACGCUGGGCUCUGCCGUGGCCUACUUCACCUACAGCCUCACACGGGAUGCCCACGGCAGCUGCCUCCUCACCUCCGCUGCCAAUGGCUCUGCCUCUGCUGGCCUCUGA